AUGAUCUUCUUGUGGUUUGUCGGUGCUGUUUUCACGCCUGAAGAAGAAAAUGACGGCAUCCUGGCUCUGUCUGUUGCCGAUGUCAUCCUACUUCACAUUCGGCCUUGGGUGUAUGUUACAGCGGGCUUUUACCACCCGUAUUUAGUGCAGCUGGUUUUCGUGCUACCUUUAGCCUUCGGUUUAGCCAAGCGUGUGGAGCCAGAUCUUGGUGCUGUAAAUCUUAUGCGAUUGUUGCUGUUCGCCAACACGGCGACGGCAGUCGUGACAUUCGUAAGCCUCUUCGUACUAUACAUCAUUUUCCGGAAUCCUUCCUACUUGGAAAUGAGUUUUUCGGGAUUUACAGGCGGGAUUACGGCCCUGCUGGUUGCCUACAUGAAGCCCUAUCCAUUCGCGACGGCGCCCUCGUUCCCAGGCAUUUCGCUCCGCUUUUACCCACUCGUAGUAUGUCUUAGCUUUUGCUUCUGCACGAUGGUUGGUUUGGCCUUUGCGGCAAACCCUUCGGUAAGGUCAAUGCUGACAAGCGCUGGACCCUUUUCGUGCAUGGGAGGCUACUUCGGAUGGUAUUAUCUCCGCUUUUUGAACAAGAACCGUGAUCGUACUAUUGGCGAUGUAUCGGACGAGUUUGCACUAGUCGUUCUGUUUCCUGACUUUUGCGCACCACUAAUUGGACCAGUCGCGGGUUUCUGCUUCAGUGUGGCCAAACUUUGUGGAUUUUUUAAGAAGCGCGCAAUGCAGAAGCCUAAAAUGUUACCAAUCCUUACGGAGAUUAAAAAUGACCCAAUUGCUGAACGCCGGAAGGCUCGUGCGAUGAAAGCACUGGAUGAAAAGCUAGCGAAACUUGCACACGCUCGCGCUGAUCAUGGAACAUCGCCUUUGUUGUCUGUGAAAGUUCGCGAUGAAAAGGAUUAA